UGUUUUGUGCCUUUGUCUUUCAAGCACUAUAUGUGUAUGCAGUGAGGGGAAAAGCAUAACUUAUGAACAGUUUACAAAUCUUAUAAAACUAUAUAAAACAGGCAAAAUACUAACGUUGUAUUGGAGAUAUUUGUAAAGACAUUUUAUGGCAAUAUUUGGAAGGCAGCUACUACUCAGAAAUCAAUUAGCUUUUAUCAUUGGUGUCCCUCCUUUUUUUCUAUGGACAGGCCCAACUUUAUAUGUGAAGACAUAUUGAACAGACAGAUUGGAAUCAGUUGCCUCUGCAGCUGCCAAAACUCAAAGAAGUUGGAGCUAAAGGUUGCCAAGCCUCCUUGUCCAUUCAUCUCAAUAUUGGAAGAAAGCACCGCCUUAUGUACAUUCCAGUGCGACACUGGUCAACAGUCUAGAAAAAGGAUGCUGACUCACGGUGACAAACAUUAGCUGGUGUGUAGUUUGGUCAGUGCCAUUCUUCCUUACUGCACCUUGGACGGGUCAGCUCGGGUCAGCAGUUCUCGUGCGGUCUCCUUAAUUUCUCAGGUCAAGGUUGGGAAAUUGUUGACGGAAAGGUGUUUAGGAUUAUAGGUUCAAGAGUUCAAGAGUGUUGACGCCACUGAGUGUGUGAUUGGUUGCGUGCGACAUUUCUAAUCUUCUAUGAGAACAUGGACGGCUCGGCUCGUGUAGUUUUGUUGCUGUACGCUGUGUGGACGAUCCCCGUCUCAGCUGACGGGGCCGCCAGCUUGUCGUCCCUCGGCCUCCCCCUACCCGACAUCCCCACGGGGUAUGUCUACAAGAACGGCAACCCGCUGGCGCCCAUUCAGAUCGAGACAUUCGGGGAUCUGGUCUGUCCUGACUUCAGGGCCGCUUUUCCUAUCUUGAAGGAAGUAGCGGACUGGUACGGACCGAACCUCGUGUGUCUGAAGAUCCACCUCUUCCCGCUACCGUACCACAAGUACGCCUUCUUGACUCACCAGGUUCUACAUAUCAUUGAGCCUAUCAUCGGCAUCAACGGCACGUUCGACUACAUGGACCGCGUCUUGGCUGACUUGGAGGCGUUUUCUGGGGCGGUUAUGAACAGGACGGAGGGACAGGUGUACAGUAAGCUGUUGGGUAUUGUCCAGACUCUUGGAGUGACCGCUGACCAGUACUGGACGGGGCUGGACGAGAGUUCCCCAAACCACAGAGCUAGGGUCGAGUUCAAGUACGCCUGUCACCGGAGCGUGGCCGCAACACCUACAUAUUUCGUUAACGGCAUCAUGGUGAACCCCGUACCUGCAACUGUAGGCGGAUCGUUCGGCUUGGAGCAGUGGAAAGAAACAUUGGACUCAAUGUUGGGCACUGCAGAACAGAGACAAGAGAAUGAACAACUGGCAGCUGACGGGUUCAGCUACGGCACCUGCCCGACCCAGAGCGCUCAAGCCCACGUCACGUGCCCCGGUAUCACCGACGGGACCAGCUCAGCGACAACGCCAUCCUCCCUGCUUGCUGCAGUGCUUAUCUUGUCCGCUGUGUCCCUGCUGUUGUACGGGCCCCAUAUGUAAACAUAUAAAAGAUAUGUAAAGGCAUGGAUAAUCUUUACCUUCGGAAAGCUUUUGAAGAUUUUCUUGUUCUUACCCUUUUUCCGCAAUAAUGAAUUGGACGCAUAAAACAAGAAGAGAUAAAUAAGUCAACCCAUUACUAGUAUUCCUGCAUGUAAAACAACUAUAUACUAGUACUUGAAAAGUCCCAUGAGUUCAUACAUGUGUUUUUCAUGUCUACAGACUGUUUUAUAGACAGUUUUACAGACUGCCCCUUCGGCUUACUGGCUAUGAGGCUGAGUGAGUGUUUCCAAUGGUCUCUUCGUCCCAGUAAUUAUACAUCUAUAAGUGCUCUUAUAGCUAAAAAGAAACUCGUGUUCUUACUCGACUCUAGAUCUGUCUUCUGAUCUGUUCGGGACCAGACGCCGGACAUGUAACAUAAAUGUAUUGAAGACAAUGUUUUGGGAAACGAUAGAUAGCAAAAUAUCAUCCAUUUGUAAGCUAACGCUGGACUCCUGGAAUAAAUAUGACUUUCAGAA